AUGGCGAUACUCUCUGACGUGUCACACGCAGUAUCUGCGGACGGGAAUAGCAGCCAUAUGGGCCGUGAUAACGUUGAUUCUCUUCAGGCACACGCGUUGCCCUCCGGCGUGCAGGACACGCAGCCCUACUCGAUGGGCGACCACACCGCGCCGCACUACCACUCGGUAGAUGCGCUCUCCUCCAACGUGCUUCCCGGUUCGACCCGGGAACGCAUGGUGGCGCCGGAGCCGCAGGGCAAGCCGCCGUCGACCAAGCGCCGCAAGAUCAACACGUGCUUUCCGUGCAAGCAGCGCAAGGUCAAGUGUGACCGGCAACAGCCCUACUGCGGCCAGUGCCAGAAGCACCGUAUCCCUGCCGAACGCUGCGUGUGGUCGUCGGAUAUCUCCAUGGGCCCGGAUAUGCACGCGCACUCUGCGCUGGCCUUUUCCAAGCCCGACGGCGGUCAUUCGUCGCUGCAUCUCUCGAACGAGUGGGCGGGCGCGCAGGGCGCCGAGCUCGCGCUCGACAACGAGUCGCGCGCGAUGCUCGACCGCAUCAACCACCUCGAGCGCCUCCAGGCAGGCUCCUCGCAGGCCUCGCACGAGAUGCACACCGCGGCGACUGGCAGCCAAAUCGACCCGCUCCUGCUUGGCACGACCUUGAUGGACGUCAACACCGAGCGCCAGGGUGCGUCGCUCCCGAACGACCAGGCGAUCGUGUCGGAGCUCGCUUUUUGGCGCUCCAAGGUCCAGGAGCAUCGCCCGUCGCACGCUGGCGAAAACUCGCACAUGGCGCAGAUGCAGGCCGAGCAGAACAUUGCAGCAGACGCCCUCGCGAUGUUUGCGCGUCACUCGCAGCAGGGCUCGCUCGGCAGCAGUGAUCAGGCGGCACUGCAGCGCGCCGGCGCGGUCGGCGCCAGCAUGCCGGGCUCGUCGUCCGACUCGGACGCGGUGCCGCGUCAGAACAUCGUCAACGCGCUGCUGGAUAAUGCUACGUUCCAGGUGAACAAUGCCUCGAGCCCGGCGCGCAUUCGCGCAGCGCUCGACAUGCUGCCGAACAACCAGCAGACGGACUACCUGCUCAAAAUCCUGCAGACCGUCGACGAGAACGUGUCAUAUGGCAUUAGCUGGCGCCUGGUCAAGAUGCAGCUGACCAACCUCCGCUCGCAGAUUGCCAACUGGAACGGGAUGCAUACGAGCCUUCCGGAGAAUCUGGAUCUGUCGUUCCUUGCCUUGCUGCUCGUGCUGCUCGGUCUUGCAGCACAGUAUACCGAGUCGCGCUUCUUCAUCGACCAGGGCUUCUGCACUGCGCCAGAGCAGAUCAGCACGCUCGUCGAUGCAUGGGUCGACUCGGCGCAGGCGCUGAUGGCCAUGGACGACUUUGUGAGCAAGACCAACUGGAACCACAUUGCUACACUGCUCUUCUGCAUCGACCACCAUGCUUUGCGGGGCAAGCUCAUGCUCUGCUUUACCACCAUGGCCAUGCUUGUGCGCCUGGCGGAACUCCAGGGAUACCACACACUCGGCUCCGCCAAGGACGACGAGGAAAAGUGGAGCAAGUCGCCGGCGAGCAAGCAGGUCUGCCUCUCGGCGGUGGUCGGCGUGCCGAACACGGACACAAGCCAGCCGGAAACGCUCAUCCGCCCUUCGAUCCAAACCGCGACGAGCUUGCCGGACCGCUCGCACCUGGUGCGCGAGGCUGCACGCCGGCUCUGGUACAAGAUCGCGAGCCAAGACAUGAUUCUCAGCACGGUUGUGCACCGCACCUCGCUCAUCAACCCGAAGCGCGUCUCCACACAAUAUCCGCUGAACGUGGACGAAGAGGAUCUGCCGGACGGCGAGACGCAUGUCCUACCCCCGGUCAAGGCCGACGGCCGCGCAACGAUCAACAGCCUCACGCCCUACACCUACCAGGUCGCGGAGCUCGCGAGCGAGUGCGGCAGUGGGCUACCCAGCGAACCACUCUCUCACGAGGCCGUGCUCGAAUACGACGCCAAGUUCCGCAACCUGCUUUCGUCGCUGCCCGUCUAUCUGCGCCCGGAUCCGACGCUGGAGCAGAUGCCGGAAGUGCGCCAGGAGCAGUCGCAGCGCCCGUACUUGGCUAUGCACCGCCUGAUUGUUUUCGAGGCGGUGAACCACCAGCUGCUGAUGCUCCAUCGUGGCUACAUGUGCCGGGGACAUCAAGAAGAAAAGUACGCGUACUCGACGCGCGUCGCUGUCGAUGCCGCACGCACCAUCAUCUCGUGUCGCCAGCAGAUUGACAAUGUCCAUUCGUCGGUUCAGCGGCACUCGGUCUUCCGCCACCACUUGUUCCAGGCCGCGGUGGUGCUGACGCUGCACCUCCUCGACCUCACCAACAAGGGUCAGAGCUCGUCGAACGUCGCGCACCAGCUCCGCGACGACAUGGCGCUCAUUGUCAACUACCUUACCGAGGCUAAUGGCAUGAGCACUACGCUCAGCACGCAGCUCCCGCAUUCUCAAAAGGUGGCGCUCAAGCUCCUGGAACUGCUCCUGGCUGAAGACAGCAACCGGCGGCAGAACUCGGGAGCGGCACAAAAGUCGGACUCGUCGGCCAGCCCGGACAAGGACGUCCAGCUGGCCAUCGACAGCAACAGCACCAACAGCAUCUUCCAGCUCGCUGCUUCGGCCUCGGGCUCGGACUCGGUGAACGAUGUGGCAGCUGCACUUGCGUCGCACAUGCUGGAGCCGCAGUUUGGCAGCUCGCCGACCCAAGCGGAGUUCUUCGCCUCGCUGGACGAACUCAUGGUGCCCAUCUACUAG